AUGGUGAGUGGAAGCCUUCUUUUGGAACUGCAGCCGCGGUUGAUAAUCGCCAGAGCGACAACGCAGGAAGCAUUUGCGCUCUUUGAUAAGAAGGGAACGGGUGCGGUCCAACGAGAAGUACUAGGGGAUCUGCUGCGCGCUCUAGGACAAAAUCCAACCCAAGCAGAAGUCGCGGAGAUUAUUGCGGGAGCACCAAGAGAAGUCGAUUACCCCACCUUCCUCAAGGUCUUGAACAGACCAGACGGGUUCAAGCCCGCGGGCACUCCAGAGGAGUUCAUCCGCGGCUUCCAAGUGUUCGACAAGGAAGGGAACGGUUUCAUCGGUGCGGGAGAGCUAAGAUAUGUUCUCACGCAGCUAGGGGAGAAGAUGACAGACGAAGAGGUGGAUGAACUGCUCAAGGGAGUACCAAUCGGCCCAGAUGGGAAUGUCAACUACGAAUCAUUUGUGCGGACGAUUCUGAGCCAGUGA